GAUCUCAUCGCGCUCAAUGAUGGCUGUAUCACCAGUCCGCCUCCUCCCGAGCGAUCUGGAGAAACCGUAUGUGUCUUAAACCAAGACGCACCUGCCCGACAAGUCACGCCUCAAAUGCCUGAUGUUCCCUCGCAACUAAAUGACUACUACUGGGGAGACGUAUUCGGCUUUCAAGGGGGAAGACGAAGGGAGGUCCUACGCCCCUUGUCACGCGAUAUCUCAACUCGCAUUCCCCAGGAAGUCGUCGAUCACAUCAUUGACCAACUCGCGGGCUGUUCGGCGCAUCUGUACAACUGUGCACUGGUCUGCCGCAGUUGGAACUACAGGAGCACCGAGAUCCUCUUCACCAGGAUCAUCAUUCGCAGUCCGCGUCACUUCGACAAUCUAGCUCAUGCGGCGCUGCAGGAAGAGCGCGUCCGUCAACACCUGGCAGGGACACAGCACUUCUCCAUCGAGGAUCGAAGCGGCGACUCGCGGUCGCACCUUGUGGUGUACCUGUACGCGUUGACGAUGCGUAGCUUGAGGACCCUCGCUUUCUCACAGUGUACCUGGACUCCGAUCCACCCGAGCUUCACCCUCCUUCUGUCGCAAUUCGCAACCGUUACCCACGUCAGCCUCGAUAAAGUUCAUGUGCAGAACUUCACCGACCUCCGACGCAUUAUAUGCGCUUUCCCUCGUCUCGAACAUUUGGUUAUGAAACGAUGCAGUCUCAAGCAUCACACCCCCGUUCAUGCCAGCCACGGCGUCACUUCCAAAUCCCUCCUGCCUCACCUCAAUUAUCUCGAGCUCGGGGAGAACGACGUACAGCUUUUGACGUCUCUAGCCCAGUGGCUUCGCAUACCCAGCAGGGCGCCUUCGCUGCGCGAGCUGAGUCUCUCCGAGCACCUGCAAAGCACGGGCUUCGAUCUAGACGCACUCGAGCAUAUCCUGCGAUUCGUGGGUUACAAAUUGAGUUCCUUGGCCGUUGAAUAUCCAUAUAUCAACGGCAUGCAUCGGCAUCUGUGCUACGUCCCAGCAUUGCAUACUCUCAGUUUUCCGCUAUCAACCUUGUCUACGCGAUAUCCCUCCAGAAAUCUGGCGACUGAGCUCGAGUCAAUCCUCUUGUCGGUUUCAUCGGCGGAUCUGGAGUCUCUGACUCUCGUAGAGGCUUAUACAAGAAGUAGUCAUCGAGAGAUGGCCACAGCAAGGGUCAGCUCUCGCGAAGAAGUCGUCGAAGACGUGCAACCCCUGGAUCAUGUAACAAAAGACGCCAGAUUUGUUCGGCUGAAGAAAGCUAAGAUCGUGUUACGGGCGUUGAACCACGACACCGAGGAAGAGGUGGAGUCGAUUGUACGAAGUCUGCGGCAUCUACUCUCGUAUUGGGACGAGCGUAAUAUCCUGUUGAUUGAGUGAUGCUGUGUCACAGGUUUUCCGGUCAUGCUGCACCGAAGCGACGUAAUGUAAAAGUAGGUUGUGUCUGUACCCAUUGUAUUUGACACACUCGUAGCAAAUGGAGUUGGGAAUGCUGCGUCGCGCGGACAAGGAGUGGGUUUCAGCUCUGCCUCCCCUACGCAACAUGAUUGCGGCUAAAGAGCCGUGUCAUAUCUCGAGUACUACUAGAACAUUUGGGCAGCUCUACGCCAGUAAGGGCGGUCAAGUUCAUACGAGUGUGUUGGCUGGGCAUGAUCACGUUAGUCCGAUUUUCAGUUUAUGUUCCGGUCAGAUGGAAGAGUGGGGCACAGAUAUUGCAGAGUGGAUAUGGAAUGCGACACCCUAAGAUAUGUUCCGAGAUAAUCCAUACUUUCGUCUUGUGUAAUAAUAAUGCU